UCAAUUAUGUACAUAAAUUUUAGGAAGGAUAGACGAAGAAAGAAUUUUGGCAACAUUGUUAAAUUAACAACCCACUUCGAAUUUCGAAUGGUCCACAUGUUUACAAUGUUUACAUCAAAGACAAACGUUUACAUAUUCUUGAAUUUUGUGUGAUACGGACGUUGUUAUUUGGCGAGUUACGUACGAUAGCGAUAAACUGCAAAAAUGGUAAAUCGCUGUGUGGUAUGCAAAAAAAUCAGCAGUAAAGGCAGUGGGAAAUCCAUGCACCGUAUUUUUUAGCUCAUCUCUAAAGAAUUUUUCCUCUCAUUAGAAUGCCUAGUGAUAGUGCUCGACAAAAAUUGUGGAUGGACCAGUUGAAACUGAGAAUUACAAAAUCUUCUAAGUGGUUAUACGUUUGCUCUGACCAUUUCUGUGAUGAAGAUUUCAUCCUUAAAUCAGGAAAAAGAUGUUUGAAAACUCAAGCUAUUCCGUCCAGGAUUUCAUCGCCUGAUACUUGUUCAAGAUACACAUUGGCUACUUCAGACCAAAAGCCUAUGACCCAAGACCUAUCAGAUAUUGGUAGAAUUGGGGAAUCCUUAAAACUGAGUGGCUCUGAAUUAUCGAAGACCUCAGAUUUGUCUGCUACAGCAAGUGCUUCAGAUUUGUCUGCCACAUUAACUGCCUCCGAUUUAUCUGCUACGUUAACUGCUUCAGAAAUGUCUGUUACUUUGGCAGCUUCAGAUUUAUCAGGCCAGGUGGUUUCCUUAGAAGCACUUGAUACUAAAAGAUUUGCAGCACCACAUACAAAUACCUCAAGUAGCACAUUGACUGCUUUAGAUGAAAAGAAUGUAACCCAGGAGCUAUCAGAUAUUCGGAAAUCAUCAAAACUGAGUGGUUCUGAUUUAUCGAAGACUUCAGAUUUGUCUGCUACAGCAAGUGCUUCGGAUUUAUCUGCCACAUUAACUGCUUUCGAUUUAUCUCCUACAUUAACCGCUUCAGAAAGUUCAAGUAGCACAUUGACUGCCACAAAUGAAAGGAAUGUCACACAGUACCUAUCAGAUAUUAGUAGAGUGGGGGAAUCCACAAAACUUAGUGGUUCUGAAUUAUUAUUACAUUAUUUUCUGUCACAAUUGCAAUGAUGAGCUGAAGGACCAAGGUCGAUGGCUCUUGUCUAUGACGAUAAAGAACAGUUCUCUCUCUG